AUGGCUGGAAAUCAGAAGUUCGAGUCGUUCGAACCCGCAUCUGAGGACUGGGACGCGUACCUUGCCCAGUUCGAAUUUCAUCUUGAGACCAACGACAUCACCGACGAGGCGAAGAAGAGGGCGAGCCUGAUCAGCUCCUGUGGAAAAGGCACUUUUGACAUCACCAGGUCGUUGGUAGCUCCGGCCGACAUCAAGACGGUGUCGUUCGCUGAGCAGACAAAGAAGCUAAAGACCCAUUUUUCACCCCAACCUUCUGAGAUCGCCUGCCGGCAUGCGUUUUACAAGCGGAGCCAGGCAGGGAACGAGACCAUCACAGAGUUUGUAGCGGCUCUUAGCAAAGCCGCACGACCAUGUAACUUCACGGAUGUGGAGGAGGCCCUCAGGGACCGACUCGUUUGCGGCCUAAAAGAUGAGAGGUUGCAACAGAAGCUAUUCGCCCGCACCACCCUGACCUGGGCAGUGGCCUACAAAAAGGCCGUGGCCGCUGAGGCAGCGGACAAGUCUACAAAAGAGGUCCGUCAGCGGCUGGCAGAGCACAGCAUUCACUCUCAACAUGACAGCAAGGGCGAUGAAGCGGACGAUGACGUCAACGCAAUUCGAGGCAAGCGGACCCCAGCGAAGCCUGCCGUUUUCAAGCCAUGCUCCGAGGGAGUCCACCCCACGGAUGAGAAGGUGUCUGCGAUCCAAAACGCCCCCAGGACGGCGCGCCCGCAGCCAGGGGCCGCGUCGGAAAUCCGCCCGGACGACAAGCGCCCUCCGCCGGACGGAGCCCACGAAGAGCAGCAGCAGGUAGGCGCGGCGCGUCUGGGCUGGGGCGUCGGGGGGAGAAGGCGAGCCGCUGGCGCCCGGGAAGGCGGCCCCCGCGGGAAAGGAGCCCUUCGCUCUCGGCCGCCGCUGGCCCGCCCGGCCUCUUUCCCGGCCAGCCCGUGGAACCGAAAGCACGUCGGGAAGCCCCGGGGGAUGGAGCCCCCACUCGUGGGCGCCGCCGCGGACGCUACAGGGCCCCCGGCCUCCCCGCGCCCUCCCUCCGGCCGGGACCGCGAGGCGGAGCUCCGGGGCGAGAGCGCCCCCGCUGGACCCCGCGCCCCCCACGCCAGGGGGCGGCGGCAGCGGCAGCAGCAGCAGCAGCAGCAGCAGCAGGUUCUGUCUCUGAAGCUAUCCAUGUGGAAACGUAAAACUGGACUUCUUGAUGCUCAGCUGCGGGGAUAUCUGAGGGACCGGCUUCGUCUUCUGGAGAAUGAUGACAGGAAAGCGAGGGCCGUGUUCAGUGAGCUGUCUGCCCGGCUCUUGUCUGUUGAUCCUGAGGAGCAUCUCAUGGGGGUGACAUUCUGGACCUUCGAAGAAAUCUGGAAGUUUGAAACUUACUAUUCCCUAGGGUUUUUAAAGCAUUGCAUGGAGAAUCUGUUGCUUGAUGACUAUUUCUGGCUUUUUACACAAGAGGAGGAGGAAGCAGUUGGAAUUGAUGUCCGUUUAGAUGAAGAAUGCCUUGAUAUGAUAUACAGGGACCUCUUAAUCCAAGAGGGGGCCUUCUUUGUACGUCAUCCUGAAAAUGUCAUAGGUGAGAGAGGAGCUUCAUGUUCUGGAGGCAGAAUUUCCCGGCUGAACUGGGCUGAGAGAGCUUCGGAGGCAGGGGAGUGGGACGCCCUCAUGAGCCGCCUUUCCCAGCCCCUGGCUCCCUUUCACCAAUGGUUUCUGAAAUCAAACACGGACCCUGCUGAUUUUGCUGGGAAAUCCCAACGGGUCGAUCCCCAUCAAGUCGGUCCUGAUGUGGCUGUGGGAUCUUCAGUAGCAAUUACUGGCCAUGCAAGCACUGUGCCAGAGGAAAUUGGCUUCCAGGAAGGAGACAGAAUUGAAAUUAUUGGCUACUUCGUGAAAAGCAUGCAGUGGUUUGUGGGAAGACUGGUGCCUACGGGCCAGAUUGGUUUUGUGCCAAGCACUCAUGUCAAACCGGACACCUUCGAGGGAUCACCGUGGCGGACUUUCUCUGAAGUCGAGCCUCCUUUCCCCCUGAAAGAACAGGCCCUUUCAGAAGAGGAUGUGAUAAAACUCUUGAAACAAACAUCACACGAAGACAUCUGUCAUGUGUACCAAAUAGAUGGACAAGAAGAUACCGAAUUUGAACAAUCCGUGAAGCAAGGGAUGUCACAUUUGCCCCUGAAUGAAAGCACCUGGACAAUGAACGGCAAGGUGGAGCAAUUGCUAAGUAAGGCGAGAGGCUUGUCCGUGGAAGAGAGAGCUGACGGGGAGGAGCCGCCCUCUGCUCUGGACACUGAGGCGGUACCUUUGGUCUCACGGGAGCCUCCUUUCUGUGUAGGCCACGAUGAGAAGACUUCCCAGCCAGAAGUCUCUGAUUCCUUGCUGCUGUUUCUGAACCGGAAAGGGUAUGAGGCCACCUUCCAAAGCCUGUAUGACCUUUCGUUUUCCUUUCUCAAGACUCUGUUUUGUGGCUAUGCCAGUGAGGAAGACCUGACCGAUUACUUAGGCUUGGUGAGGGAAGCCGCAAAACGAGCCCGCCUGCUGUGGGCCUUGGCACGGCUGUGCUGUCUCUUGGGGAGGAUGAGUGUCCGGAAGCUCAAGCUGUCUCAAGCACGAGUUUAUUUUGAAGAAGCCUUGGCGACCUUACAAGGAGACUUUGGAGACCUCUGCCUUGUCACCACUCUCUAUGCAAACCUGGCCGGGAUCUACCUGAGGCAGAGGAACAGAGAGAAAUGUGCCAGCCUCCUCGACAAGGCUGCCGCUUUGCUCAUGGGGGUUCCCAACUACAUCAGCAGCACGGCCAUGGAGUCAGCGGUUCUGAAGCACGCUCUAAAGAGAGCCGUCCUCAGCCACAGCAGGCGUGCAGAAGCCAGAGCCUGCUCCCUGCUAGCAAAGCACUAUUUGAACUUUAAGCAAGGGGAAGAAGCACUGCCCUUCCUGGAACGGCUGCAGCUUCUGAACGAAGAAGUGGGCUUCCAAGACAGCUCCUCGUUAGCAGACGGCUGUUUUCUGCUUGGCCAGCUCUAUGGGCGGAAGUGUUUGCCUCACCUGGUGCUCAGCUGCGCCCAGAAGGCCUCCUCUUGCAGCUCAGGUACUUUGCCCGAGUCUUUCAGAAGCAUCGGCCUCGUAGUUAAAAAUGGCCCCCAGGCUGUGGGGCAGGCACCCCCCGCCCAGAUUGCUCCUUAUCUCAGGCAGAUGCUCCCCUUGCUGGACAGCAGCAGCAGCGCGCAUGGGAAACUGCACGGAGCUGUCUGCGGCACCCUUUCUGUGCUCUGCAGCCGUCACAAGCAGUACAGGAAAGCCAUUGAUUACAUGGAGCAGGGCCUGGAUAGAAAUGUGCAGGCAGGCACCAAAGAAAUCAUUAACCACUUGGCUUUUCUCAGUUGGCUGUACAUUCUCAACAGGCAAAACAUGGUUGCUGUGGAUAUUUUGAAUGCCAUAAUUGAGUCUUCCCAGAGCAGCCAUCAGCAGUUGGGUGUUGCACAUAACAUGCUGGCCAUUGCCUUGGAACGGCUGCAUGACACCAAGCGAGCGGCGGAAAGCUACUAUAAAGCCCUGCGCAUUUCACAGGAGACCGGCAUGAUGCAGAAUCAGGCAGUCGCUUUGGCCAACUUGGGGGUCCUUUGUUGGCAUUCCUCGGCCAGAAGUCUUGGGGAACGCUUCUUGUUGAGAGCAGUCAAGGUGUUCUCUGGACUGCCCAGUGUCGACUGGGGCAUAGAUUUUAUAGAAAUCCUCCUCCGGCUGGGGGGCUGCUAUGCCAAUGGUGCGUGUAAAGAAGCAGCCAGGUGUUGUUACGAAUGGGCAUUCUUGGUGGCCCUGGAAACAGACCAUUUGGAAGGGCAAUCCCAGGCUGUUCGGCAUCUGUGCCAGUUCUACAGUACAGUUUGUCCAGAUGAAGCUCAGUGUCUCCUUUACCACGAGUACCAGCUUUCUUUACUUAGGAAAAUGCCCAACAAAGUCAUGGAGGGGCAGGUGCUGGAAGCCAUCGGCCGGCUGUAUCUGUCUCUAGGCACUGAAAGGGCAUACAGAUCUGCUCUGGAAUACACCAAACAGAGUCUUGGACUGUUCAUUGAUCUUCAGGCAAAAGUGAAGGAAGCACACGCCUGGCUUCAGGCAGGAAAAAUAUAUUAUAUGUUGCGGCAGAAUGAGCUAGUAGAUCUUUAUAUUCAGGUUGCCCAAAAUGCUGCUGUCUGCACUCAGGAUCCUAACUUAGAAAUGGAUUUGUUUGAAGCUUCUGGAGACAUAUUUUUUAAUGGAGACUGGGAAAAGGGAAAAGCCGUGUCCUUCUACAGGGACAAGGCUCUGCCACUUGCUAUUGAGACCCGAAACAGAAACGCUGAGCUCCGCCUCUGCAACAAGCUGGUGGGAUUGCUGUUAACAUUAAAGGCCUAUGAGGAAUGUCUGGGAUAUGCACAAGCAUCGCUAACGCUCAGUGUUGAUUUAGGGAUGCAGUUAAGUGAAAGAGUGGCCUAUCACCGCCUGGCCGUCGUCCACCAUCAUCUGGGGCACAGUGAGCUUGCUGAGCACUUCUACCUGAAAGCUCUGUCCCUCUGCCCUUCCCCUCUGGAAUACGAUGAGGAAGCCUUAUACUACGUGCAGGUCUACCUUGUUCUAGGAGACAUCAUUUUCUAUGAACUGAAGGAUCCUUUUGAUGCCUCUGGGUACUACAACUUGGCUCUUGCGGCAGCCAUGGAACUGGGCAACAAGAAAGCUCAGCUGAAGAUUUACACAAGGCUAGCAAUAAUCUACCACAACUUCCUGGUGGACCGAGAGGUCUCUCUUUCUUACUAUCAGAAGGCCAGAGCCUUUGCAACAGAGCUCAACAUUCACAGAAUUAAUCUAGCCCCUGUGAGAGCAGCACAGGGGCUAGUGAAGAACGUCAAGUGAGAUGCUGACCAUUCCCCUGGUGCCUGCAGAGAGGGCAGGGGAUCUGCUCGUAUAUGGUGCAUGUGCUACUUGCAUUCCAGAAACAGCACUCCAUUUAACUGAGAAGCUAUGAUUCUGCAAAAGUCUCCAAACGUUCACUCGUGUGCACUUUAAUAAAAGGAGUGUGAAGAGUGAGGUGGAAAGAAAAAUCUACAUCUUCUAA